AUGUUUGAGGGCGUCUACAACAACUCCCGGAUGCUGCACUUCCUGACGGCCGUCGUGGGCUCGACGUGCCUGGUGCGCGUGCGCAGCGGCAGCACCUUCGAGGGGAUCUUCCGCACGCUCAGCUCCAAG